UUGCAUAGCAUUUGAAAGACAUUUCAUGACUCAGUGUAUGUCUUGUGGUUUGUGUCAUACAAUGGAUCAGAUGUUUGAGCAUCACGCCAAUACAUCGACCGAUUGGUUGGACUCCAUGGACGACAAGGACAGCACCGGUAGUAUGGAUGAGAUGGUAGUGAAGAGUCCGGUGCGCAAGACUCGCAUCGAGAGAGUGGCAGACGGACUGAACGUAUCGCCCAUUCGUGCCAUUCCUCAGACGAUGGCUGAAGACAUGAGUUACGAAAGUAUCUAUGAUUUCGAUGAAGACGUGAGUUUCGACAGAAGCAGAAGCAGUCGGAAGUACAGUUCGGUGAAGAAGUGGUGCCACUUCUCGCCCACUAUGAGGUCCACUCCCAAGGCCUCGAAGACUCGCUCUCUGAGGAGGACUCGAACGACUCGCCAGAAGUCACGCAAAGAGGACACCAAUCUGUGGGAUAAAGCCAUCCAUAAGAAUCCUGAACUCAAGCAAUGGAUCAAUAGUUUCAAUGAAGACAUGAAGAAAAUCGAGUCCUCGGAACUGUCGGUCAUCGAGAGCUCACUCGUGGCCACAGAAUAGUCACCAUUGGAUGACAUGUUAUGAUUUGCCAUUUGAUUUCAUUUCAUCCAUACAUUUGGUUUCUGUAUUAAUACUACUUAUGAUAUCAUAUCUCAACUCAUGAUAAGUGUUUCCAUAAAAUGUAUAAUUAAUUGAUUUGUUAAUUGUUUGCAAAAGAG